AUGUUCACCACAAUUACGACUCAGCACCAUUCACUCGCCAGCGAUAACACCGAGAAUAUGCAUAUUAAAAAUAUGGCCAGCAAGGCAUACGAUCAAAACACUUACUAUGAUGGGCCCAUGACACCACCUCCGAGUGCCAAUAUAAGCACAGCCGCGGACCAGUUUCGUGCCCCAAAGAUGGUGGGCUUGUCGAACUACAACAAUUUCGCAGCUGCUGAGAUUGAAUUUCCGGAUUUCUCACACUUGUGCUUUGCCGCCGAGACGCCCAACUCGGUGUUCAGUGAUUGCCAUAACUACAUCUGUCAGGAUCAGGAGCAAGAUGCAGAUGAUAUCGUAUGCGCCUCGCCAGAUCAGGCCGGCAUGCCCUACCAACAGGGCCAAUACACGCAACUAAAUCGCGAGGAUGUGUUUCGUUUCGAGCCGGAGGAUAUAGCGCGUUUGACGGUUGACGAUGGGAACAAUUAUGUCGAGUUCGGUAGCUGGCUGCCAUCGACCUCAACUAACCCCACGUACCCCUCUUGCAGUGCGCAGUCGACGCAGCCGACAAUUGCAGCGGAAGAGGCAGAUGCCAUCGACACGCUCAAUUUAGAUAAUGAUUAUUUUAAUUAUGACGAAAUUAACUGCCAAUCGAAAAGCCAAUCGCCCUGCUCAUCACCGCAUCUCGAUGCAUGGAUGAACUUCAGUCUCAGUGACAUGCAAAAUACGUCAACGACUGCGCUCGAAUUGUCGCCCAAAUUGUGCAACAUUUACGACCAGGUGCCAUCAAAGCCAUUGACGAGCAUUAAAGUAGAGGAUUCCGCGAGCCUAAUGCCGACCAAACUGCCCUCCAUGAAUGCAAUAUUCGGCAUGCCGAAAUGCCAGCCGGUAUGCAACAAUUACGAGGACUUCCCAAAAGUAUACCAAAGCGCCGAACAAGGAAGCGGCAUGUGCGACCAGUUCGACAAUUAUGGCCCAGAAAAUUAUGAAAAUAAUAUUUCCCAAGCCAUCGAAAAGCCAAAUCGUGAAUACAAAAGCAUUUGGAGCAUCAAUGAGCACGAAGAGUAUAUCGAGCAGAAUGUAAAACAAGAGCCGAAACUGAAUGCUGAUUAUUCUGGGAAUGAAUUGCACACAAACGAUGAGCAGCUCCAUUCAGCUGUCGUCAGCGAUGAGGAGGACAACUGUGACGCAAAUAACAUAGACAACGACCAGGACAACGAGCUGUGCCCUGUCCCGCCAAAUAAAAGCCAUUCUUAUGCCUGCGACGCGAUUGAGGCUGAGAUAUUGCCGUUGAUUUGUCAGUGGACCUCCUGCAAUUUGGAGUUUGACGAGCAGCAAUCCUUUGUGGAACAUAUCGAGAAGUGUCAUGUGGAUGUGCGCAAGGGUGAGGACUUUUCAUGUUUCUGGCGGGACUGUCCCAGGCGCUACAAGCCAUUUAACGCACGCUACAAAUUGCUGAUACACAUGCGUGUACAUAGCGGCGAGAAGCCCAACAAAUGUCCGUUUCCUGGCUGCAAAAAGGCAUUCUCGCGUUUGGAAAAUUUGAAAAUUCAUCAACGGUCACAUACAGGCGAACGUCCCUAUGGCUGUCAGUAUAAAGGCUGUCUUAAAGCCUUUAGCAAUAGUUCGGAUCGUGCGAAACAUCAAAGGACCCACUAUGAUACGAAACCCUACGCUUGCCAGCUGCCCGGCUGCACGAAGCGCUACACGGAUCCUUCGAGCUUGCGCAAACAUGUUAAAAAUCACGCGCUGCGUAACAACAACGGACAGCUUGUUCGGCGGAAAUUUGUUGCCGCAUCUGUUGGGCCCAACAACCGAAAAACAACGCCGACAAAGACACGUCGCCACUCAGAGUCGGUGACAAGCGCUGCCGUGGAUGACCUGCACCCGCAACAGCAUCAGUACCAGCAACAGCAACAGCAACAGCAUCAGCAACAGAACGAACAACAGCAACAACAACGACAUCAGGAGCAGCAGCAACGCAGCAAUAGCUGGAGCGAGGCAAUGUUGCAUAAGGAUUUCCAUUAUGAGGAUGUGCCAGAGUUAACGACAGCCACAACCACUGCGGACUGUAGCAGCUCUAUCAGCAGCAAUAAUAUUGCGGCUAAUAUCAAUUCUAUGAACUUUAAUGAGUUGUCAAAUUGCAUUGUCAUCAUUGAGCAUAAUCAGAGUGCGGAGGCAGCAGGAAACCGAAACCUGCAGGACAGCAAACAUAACAUAACAACCGCAGAAACUGCGACAACAUAUGCUAACGGCAAUAUGGCGCUUGUUCCAGCAACAAAUGGCCUCGCCAUAUCCAACAAAAUAAGCAGCACCAGCAACAGCAACAGCGGCAGCAGCAGCAGCAGUACCGGCAACAGCAAUCACACUGGCUACGAUGGCAAUGAAAAUAUUAAUCAAUUAAAUGAGCUCGAACAGUUGCUGACAACAACCGGGCAGCCGAACGGAAUGGCUGAGAACAACAUUACACACACAACGCCAACCAUGGGUCCCAGCAGUGGAACUAGUCAGAGUACAAAUACGAUUAGUGUUAUUAUGUCCCCGGAAAAUGCUGACAAUAAUCGAAUAAGCGAGUUUGUAUCAUUUGAGUAUGUUAAAAAGUAUUUGACCGAUGCAUUCGAGGGUGUUCCAACCGAGCAACAUCGAAAUGCGAGACCAAAUGGGGCCGGAGGGGAAGUGGCGAACCAGUACGUUCAGUUACAACUGGACGAUAAUUUCGAUAUGUAUGACCUGCAGCAAUUUAUUUAGUAAGUGUUAGAGAGUAGAAACCUUAUUAAGGUCGCAGCCCACCAGAUAUUCAGUAAUGAUUAUUUCCAAAGAUCUCAAUUCUAUUGAGUAGCGCCAUUUACAUUAGCAUAAGCUUAGCAUUAUCGAGACACUAAAAGAGUUACUAGAUAUUAAGUUAAUUACAUCUUCCCUUCAUCAUACAAGUAUGCGUACAAAUAAGUCGACAAUAUUAAAACAAUCAAUCACGUUCCUAAUUUCCUUAUAUCCAGUGAUUAUUAAAGUCUUCCC